AUGGUUCGCGCUAUCCGCCCCCCUCGCCCUACCUACAUGAACUCCCAAGUCUCGGGGUUUUACUUCCGCCCGUGUCGCGACGAGAAUGACGAGGUGAUUCCCGAGUAUUUCCGUUGCCGUUGCGGCACGAAGUCCGGCUUCGCGAAGGUUGCCAGUAACCAAGCAUUGUCCAGCCCCUCUGCUCAAGAUUCCAAUUUAGGCGUGCCGGUCCAAUCUGUCACCGAGGCCGUCGUGCACAAAAGCAUCGAAUACGAAGGCACUACGACCUUUGCGCUCCCACCGACGCAGCCCUACCGCUAUUCGCUCUCACUGAGAAGCGGCAAGCUCCGCAUCUGGCUCGAGAACUGCGAAAGCAAGAAACAGUGGUGCACGAACGACUUAAUACUUAUCGACUAUGUUAACCCCUCCAACUACAUUCCGGAUGUGUGCUUCCGUGAGUUACUGAAUCGAGCUGUCGAAGACGCAAGUGAGCUUCCACGAUCUCUGCAGAGCACAGAGGAGAGCCAUUUGCAGCAGGAAUUCUCGGUCAAGAUUCAAGCGAUGCUGCGCCCUCGUAUGCUGACGUACGCGUUCGACUUGGAGCCGAUUUCGGUCGAGCGGGUUGAUAUUCUCGAGGCCAAGCUGCGCGACCUACAGGACGAGGUGAAAGAUCUCCGAAGUGACGCGGCAGUCAACACGAUAGUAGCAGAGCUGCAAGACGUGGUGAAGAAGCUUCAACGUGACCUGUCGGAACGCGAAGUCGCGGAUGCUGAUCUUCGAAACCAAGUGGGGUCACUUCAAACUGAGCUAAUCACUGCAUCGGAAGAACUGAAGAACCUCCGGCAACAUUUGUCAGGUCGCGAAGAAGUGAUUUCGAGGUUGCAGAACGACAUCGAGGGGCUCGAAUCAGCUGCAGAGCGUCAUGAGACCAUUCGGUUGGAGGCAACUUCACGCAUAACGUAA